UAUACAAUGUCAGGCCUAGAGGUAUGUUGGUCAUUUAACGUUGCCGAUGACCGCAAUCUCAUACAGACGACAAAUACUGUGAAGCAGCUAACAGAUGUAGGUUGUCGCCGCUGUUGCCGCCGUGGUAUCUGCAUUCCACGGAGGUUCUGAACUACUCAAGAUCAUCAAAGAGAAACGUCGCAAAUCACGUCAAUCACAACAAAAGUUCGAGGAGAAGCAGUUGCAAGAAUCCCUGAUGUUGGGAGAACAGCAGAUAGGUUCUCGAUAUUCGCAAGACAUAAAAGAGAUGGGCGACAUCAUGGUGGUGGGAGACACACUUGCACGAGAUCUCCUUCUACACAUUGCUGUCAACAUGCAAGCAGAGAUUAUCAAAGGCCUACAAAUGGCUGUUCAGAAUCCAACGGUAGUCCUGAAUCUCCGGCUGCUUCACGAAGCAACGAUUACAAAUCGCAAGGACACCUUCGUCACACUUGAUGAGCUCAAGCAGAGAUUAGUCUUGAGGCGGCCUCUACCCCGUCAACUUCAAGAUGUGUCAAAACAUCAGUCAACAAUCAUGACUGUACCAUCCACGCGCUCCAACACCUUUGAGCUUAACAACGCUGUACCGCAAGAUAAUAUGACACCAGAAUUGAAGCAGCCCAGAUCGUCGCUGGCCCGAUAUUUACAGACGAAACGAAGCAACAGCACCUCUACCAAGUCCAGCACAGGCACACCUACAGAACGGCCAACCAUCGAUUAUUGUCGAGCCUUCGAAGAGAUGGUCAAAGCCAGAGGAGAAGAUCGCGCGACACUCAUGAACGACAUUGACGAGAUCACCAUGCUGUACAAAGGACUUGACGGAGGAGCGAAAGUCUCUCGUCAGCCAUGGAAUCAGAACGAACAUCCUCCAAACUUUGGACAAAGACGUAGCACUCUGGACGUACUCAUGGGCGAGCCCCCUUCCCAACAGAAGCAUCAUACUCAAGGCUGGGAUUCCUCAUAUGCAUCCGACCCACAAAUACAGCCGCAUUUAUGGGCAAACCUUGGGGAUCAAGAUCACUCAAUGUUCAACCAGAAUGUGUUUAACAGUCUGCCACAACACGCCACAUUCGCAAGCCCUAACCCCUACCCACUUUAUCAGACGCAAUCGUCACACCGGUUUUCCGAUUCCUCCAGCUCUAGUACUCCAUUCUCGGAUGUAUCAAGAGAUCGACACGACUCAGACUCUUCACGCACUUCGCACGGCUCGAGUGACCCUCGCUUCUCACUGCAUUGUUCCCCAAUCAGCAAGCCAGGGUUCACUACAUCAAUACCACCUAAUGCAUCCGCGCAACGAUACAAUGAUCAAUACCAUGCUCACAUGCCGUAUGCAACAACCGAGCAGACUCGUACGAGGUCCAUCGCGCCACUAACCUUGCCAGAGAGAAGUCUGUUCCGUACAUUUCCGCACGCUGAAGGACUGGCCGACGCACCCAUUGCGUCUCAUGAGGCAACCAAUGAAUACCAUAGUCAAUAUUCAGAUCCACAGCGUGUUGAAAGAGUACCCAAUCCAAUUGCGCCUUUUGGAUCACCCCCAGACUCACCAGUACCUACCAUUGAUGACCGAACAGAUGUCAAUCCUACGCGACCAAGUAUGCUUUCCCCUGACGUAGGUGGCACUUCCAGCUCCCACAGUAGUUCUAGCGGACACACUGUAAGAUCGGGCGUCCUUUCCGGGCCAUGGCUACGAAACGUGUCCGCCCCAGUCAUCGGUCGCAUUCGACAGCCUUCUGUAGCAUCUACCGACAGUAGCGGUUCAGGCUCGUUCGGUGUCAUCCCGCGUCCAGUCAGCGUCAUUCCCUCGUCCACCGUCCAGUCUCCCAAGCCCGGACAGGAACGAAUGAUGAAUGGUCGACCUUGUAAAGACAAUAGCUACUGGGGUUUCUGUAAAGGUGCUUGGGACGUUCGCGAAGAACUCAAAAAAGGUCUCGCACUUCGGAACAUGCCUUCGGGCAUGUACAACAGCAAAGAAGUCUGGGAGUGCAAGUCGUGCAAUUUCCGUGGAAACACUUACAGCAUCAUUCAUCCGAGCAAAAAAGGCAAAAAGGAGACUAUUGUAGAUCCGAAUCUACAUACCUCGAAGUGUGGGAUCCGCUACCGCUGGAUCUUCUUAGCAAAAAGUCACGUGAAAAAGAAGACACCCGAAAGCGCGAAUGAAGACUGCAACUAUGGUUGUGUUAUAUGCAGCGUCGAGCUGAAGGUCACCAGCAUCUUUGGCAACGUGGACACACUCAUGUAUCACCUACUCGAGCACGCUAGCGACAUGACACAGAUAACGAUGAAGCAGACCAAGUGCAUCGUAGGCAGAACAGCAGGAGUAGAUGAAGACUGGGAUAUCAACAUGCCAUUAUUUGCGGAUGUAUGUGAGGUCGAAGGUUGAGGAGCCGACUGGGCUGCAGUGCUGGGGGCGGUAUAAAGUGUCCCGUUGAUGAGCGGCGGAAGCAUGUGUGUAUUUUUUUUUGAGAUACCCUGUGCGUAUGAAUAUCUGAUAUUUGCAUAGCUGGGGCUGUAUGAUUCCUCGCACUUCAAUAUAAAUCUAGAUCCUGUACUGAGACACAUCUGACCAGCCACUUUGUUCUUGGGUAGCAUCUGUUCAUUGCUAUCUGGCUACAAAUCAAAGUCUAAUC